GGUGUACGUUAUCAUCCCAUAAUCCAUUACGAUCUGACAGUUUGACAUAUAGAAUGACAAAAACGAGUCCGAGGAAGGAUAACAUCGUAAAAUCCAAAAUUUGGAUUAUAAACGAGACGUUGUUCAACAAUAUUUCGGUUUAAUUCAGAACCAUAAUCAUGUUAGUUAUUUUACAAUUUUGCAAUCCUAUUUAAAACAAGUUUAAUUCUCUAGAGGCUUUCAAGCCGUCGUUAAUUCCCGGGCGUAAAUUCUUGAUGUAAUAGGCCUCGAGGAAUUCCAACCGAGACCAGUUGUCACUUGUGUCAAUGACUUCAAAGUUCCCGUGAACUGCAUUAUGAAUAUACGCGUCGAAGUCAACCAUGACUGAGUGCUCAUCGUUCACGGUGGGCAAUCCCAUGAUACUCACCAUAUCACUGAACAGAGUACAAUCUACUAAGUGCUUAAACAUAGGUUGAUCUUUGCGCCUAGCAUGUUCAUUAAGUAUAAAAUACAGACAUCGAUCGGUUUUCCCAAUGUAUGUUUGGGAGCAACCAGGACAUGUUAAUCUAUAAAUUACAUUAGAUUUCUGAUAAUCUGCUACAGGGUCCUUAUUAGAACAAUAAUAAGAUGUUUUAGUGGUGUCGUAUCUAAUAAUAAAUUUAACUUUGUUGGUAAACGAUCUAUUUAGUUUCUUAAUUAAUUUGUGGACCAGGUCUUCUCCUACUUUACCAGCAUAAGGCAAUUUAAUCCACACUGUAGGUGUGGUAUCUGUAUUAUCUAUSCGAUUAUCUACGCGAGGUCUUUUAACAAUAUUAUGCAAACGUUUUAUAACCGAGUUACGUUUUAUAACACAUCUUCUCAGAUGCGCCACACCUGGUUAAAACUACGCGGAACUGCUUGAAGAGCUCAGGAUCUGGUACAUGUACACAGUACAUGUGGAAUGACGGCCAAUACAUUUUGUGGCAGCACAUCACAGAGAUGUUUUUUUCAGGAUAUAGAUAACGGCCUGAAACUAUUACCAAGGUUGACAUUUGAGCACAUCAAUCUGAAUGCGUACUCAGUUAUGCGUGUCAAUCUCGCUGCCCAGGUCUUGAGUGCCUCGGUAUCAUCCGUUCUUAAGGAAUUUGGGCCCCAAGGUGCUGAAGGCACUGCCAGGCUCUGUGAGAUGGUGGAUAAGUUCUUCGACUGUCUCAAUGUGAGAAGUCUUACAGAGAGCCAGAGGAAGCGAAAACCAUUCUUGGCUMCUUACAGAUCUGUUCAGGAUGAAAGGUUUCAGUUCCUGGCUGAUUUUCUUCAAUAUCUGRGAAGCUGGAAAGAAAGCACAGAGAACAGACCUGGAGAGUACACCCAGAAUGCAAGGGCCCGUAUGUUCCUCUCGUGGCAAACUUAUGAAGGCUUCCAAAUUACUGCGAAAUCAACUAUAGAGUCAACAAGGUUCCUGCUUCAAGAGGGGAUGGAGUAUGUUCUGACAGAACGCUUCUGUCAGGAUCCUGUAGAGGAGUUCUUUUGGAAACAGCGUCAACUGGGUAGACGAAGUGGCAACCCAACGAUUCGUCAAUUUGGGUACAACAGCAACACUAUAAGAAUUGAAAGAUCCAUCUCAUGUCAGAGUGGAAACACUCGAGGAAGAAAGGAUAAGAAGAAAGCAUGGGUCCAAGUGACAGAUGAGAAAUUACCAUGUAGAAAAAAAAACAAAAAAUAAUGUAAUAGCAUAGACUUGAGAAGACUUGAGCAAUGUAAUGUAUUGUUUCAAAACAUACAUUAGGUAUGUAAUGUAUAAGACUUUCUUCUGCAUUUAAUGAAUUUUUCAUUAUUUUGUGUUUUUUCCUACAUGGCAAUUUCUCGGCAUCGGWUACUUGUAACCGUGCUUUCUUCUUGUCUUUCAAAGUGGUAAAAAUGUAUAAUUGACAGCAAUUAACAAGAUAUAGAACAUUUUUAUUACAUGGACCUUAUAAAUUGAUGUACGUAACUUUUAUCUUACAAAAGCUGGUGUUUAGCCAAUUAGAACAUUUGUUUCUCAGUGGUAUAUGCCCUAUCUUAACAAAUAUAUUUAUUAGCGGUACGGAAUGUACACAGGGAGGUAUUGACGCGUGUCAGCACUUAAGUAUA